UUUCAACUCUUGUAUAUCAUUGGAUGUUCAUACCUGGGUGCAUAACAGCCACUAGAACAAGAUGUACAGUCCAACACGGAAUAGAACAGCAAGAGCUGAACUAACUUCAGUUCAGGCAGCACAAGAUGCCCUUCGACCAACACAAGAUGCUGUACAGUUCUUUCGACCAACACAAUAUACUGUUCAGCCCCCUCGGCCAACACAAGAUGCCAUUCGGUUCCUUCGACCAACACAAGAUGCCAUUCGGUUCCUUCGACCAACACAAGAUGCCGUUCGGUUCCUUCGACCAACACAAGAUGCCGUUCGGGCCCUUCGACCAACACAAGAUGCCGUUAGGGCUUUUCAGCCAAGACAAGAUGCCGUUCAGGCCCUUCAAACAACACAAGAUGCCCUUCAGGUAAAACAAGAUGCCCUUCAGGCAAAACAAGAUGCCCUUUAUGCAAAACAAAAUGCCAUUCAUGCAAAGCAAGAUGCACUUCGGGCCCUUGAGGCAAAACAACAUGCCUCUCAGGUCCUUCAGGCAAAACAAGAAGCCCUUCGGGCAACACAAGAUGCCCUUCAGGCGAAACAAGAUUCUCUUCGGGCAACACAAGAUGCCCUUCAGGCAAAAAAAGGUGCCCUUCGGGCAACACAAGAUGCCCUUCAGGCAGCACAAGAUGCCCUUCGGGCAACAGAACAUGCCCUUCAGGCAACACAAGAUACCCUUGGGUCAAGACGAGAUAUCCGUCAGCCUCUUCAGGCAACACGAGAUGGUCUUAAUGACACUUGUUCACCUUUUGUUGACGAAUCAGCAGCAGGUAGCAGUUCUGACUAUGAAGAAAUCAUGAAACGCAUUAAUAUGGAGUCUGAAACUGUGUUGGAUGAUGAUUAAAUAAACUUUAAUGAAAAUCUGCUCCACUCUCAGCUUAUCCUCUCUUUCACUUCUCCAGUAAUUUCAGUGGGUCCUGGAGGACAUCCUGCCUCUUGCCUUGUUCUCACAGCAUGGUCUCACUGAGCAAAAUACCCUGUACAAACAACUUCACACAAGUAAACAGCUCACCUGAUAUGCUGUUAAAGGUCUUUACACCUGUUAUUAAUGAUGAUUUUGAUGAUGAAACCUGCCUGUUCCAGUGCUCCUGUCCAGGCCUGUACCAGUGCAGUGUGACCGGCCUGGUGUUUUUAAUGCAGGGAGGAGGAGACGUGGUUUACAGGACUGUCCCUUGGAACAGGAAGCUGCUGGCCCAACACCACAAGAAGCCUGCAGGACCCCUGUUUGACAUCAAAUGUCAGCAGCAGUCUGUGUGUCAGCUUCAUCUCCCACACUGAGGUCAUCUCCACAGGUGGAGGUCAGUUCUUGCAGGUCGCUCAUGUGAAUGACGAGUGCAUCGAGUUUAUUAACCCUCACCUCAGGAUGAAGACUCUCCACCUGACCCAGUCCAAGCUUUGAUUCUGCUCUUCUACAAACCCCUUGUUGAUCCUGAUCUCAGAUCUUUCCUCAGUGUGUUGUUGCUUCCAAGGAACAUCGUGAUCCGUGAUUUACAGAAAACCAGCAGGAAACUAAAUGGAGAUGAGAGGUAUGUAGACACAUCUCCUCACUGCAAACUGCAUCCAAAGCAGGUUUACACUCUGUCUGCUGUUCCUGAGGAUGAUCUGAUUAAAGUUCAACCAAAAGAAGCUGAUUUUGAUGAUGAGUACCACGACAGCUACUUUACGUCAUUCCAGGUGAUUUUAAGAAGAAUCCUCACAGAUGUUAACCUGAGUCUGAAAGAUAAGAGCAGCUCCACCUGUGUUUGGGAAAGAGAUGUCUGUCUUUUCUCCCCUACAGUGGGAACUUUGAAUCGUCCUCCUUCUCAGAGGCUGGCAAACAUACGAAGCUGCUUCAUUGAAGGGAUAUCAGGACCUGUUCUCAGCAGCCUGAUCGACAAACUGCUGGAGAAAACGGUGAUAACUGAUGCAGAGAGGGAGGCAGCAGAUGCGAUGAAAAACAAAAGGGGAAAAAGCACGUUUUGUUAUUGAUACUGUGAGGAGUAAAGGUGAAGCUGCCAGUUCAGAGUUGAUUAACUUUCUCCGUGAGAAUGAUCACAUCCUCUGUGAGCACCUCAGGUUAAACUGAAUGGAUAUUUUAUGGAUCAAAAUGUGUUUCUUUAAUGAUGCCAAAGUCAUUUUUAUCUUUCUUUGACAACUGAAGUGAGUGAAGAAAGACAUUUUUAAAUGUUAUUCUGAAACCAUAUAAUUUAAACUUUUCAUCAAAUUUUGCAGCUGCAUUUAUUUUUAUUCUGCACUUUUGCACUUUGUCACAGACAUUCGAGUUCUUCUGUUAAGUUGUUGUGACUGUGUGAACCACAUCCGACAGGUGAAUAUAAUUAUUUGAAAAAAAGUUGAAUUAAUUAAUUAAAUUCAAUUUUGAUUUGUUUCAAACAAUCAAAGUUCUAUAAAAUUAAAAAUGUUUAUAAAUUGUUCUUUACGGCAGAUCUCACAUGUUAUUUAUGGAAGGAAGCACAAAGUUCUCUGUAUGUUUCUGAUUUAAAAAUCCACAAACGCACUUUUUGUAAAGACAGCUGAGUGAUGACAGUGAUUUCAACAUCCUAGUCUGAGUUUAAAUAAAGGGAAACAAACACUA